AUGGUGAAGGAAGAUAUGCUUAAGUUGUGGUUUUUGAAGAAGGGUUUGGGGGUGAAAGGCCAUAAUGUACCCCUGGGGACUCAUUUAAUUGAAGUGUCUGCAAUAGAUUACUUCUUUUCUCCGGUCCGAGUUGAUGUUAGUGCCAGAAACCCUGGCAAGGUUCAGGCAGCACUGACUGAGAAUAGGAGGGGUCUACUUGAAUUUGUUUUAGAGCCACUCAAAGAGGAACAAUAUUAUGAAAUAAGGGAACCCUUCAACAUUAUGUCUAUUGUAAAGAGCCCAAUGGGUUUGAUGGUUAGAUUUAUGGUGGUUGUUGUGUUUUUGAUGCCCAAACUAAUGGAAACAAUAGAUCCCAAAGAAAUGAGGCGAACUCAAGAAGCAAUGGGAAACGGGGGACUGGCAAGCAUGUUACCUAGUGGCUGUGCUUGGUCCCUUUAUAUUUUGAAAGUGGGUUGUGAAGAUGAUGUUGGGACAACCAAAGUUCUUGAAAUUGGUAGUGUUGGUUGUGAAGAUGAAUAA